ACAUGGGUCUCUGCUGUUAAUUUGUUGCCUUCUGCUGAUGGCAUGUUAUGUCUAGUGGAUACCAUUAAGGACCAAUAAUGGUAAUGGUAAUGGUAAUAGUUUUAAUGGUCAGUUGAUGGUUUGUGAUGGUAUUUGUAGUGGAAGCCAUUAGAAUUUCUGUGAUUUUCCCCCCCAGCAGGGACACAUAUUAUAUGUCCAGCUCAGUGUAUUCAUUGUCUGCGUUUUGGUAGAUUGCAUAGUUCUAAGUCAAUGGGAUACAUUUUUACUGGUAUUUAUUCAUUAUUUUUAAACAAAUUUUUAUUAUUAGUGAUAGCAUGCGUCACCAAAAUGGCUAAUGUUACUUAUGCUAAUUCAUCUGUGACUACAUCUCUAACCUCUUCCUACUAUACAUGUUUACUUGGCAGUGUUUUUUUUUUUUUUUUAAAUCAAUGUACUGCUUUUGUAUUAAUUCCCACAAACAUUAUGAGUUUAUGUCUAUCUAUCUAUCUAUCUAUCUAUCUAUCUAUCUAUCUAUUUAUUUAUUUAUUAUAAACAGUUUAUAACGUCAUAAUGAAACUUUUAUUUUGAAGCACGAGGCUCACGUCAAACUACUACUGCUAGCUAGCUGCUGAGUGAAACUGCUGGCUAGUUGCGUCUUGUAAAACUAGAAGAUUCUCCACAAAAUUACUCAUAAUGUCGGAAUCUUUACAUCGCUGGUGUGUGCAGGAGUUACACAGCCAGUUUGGCCUGGAAGCGAGUGAUGACAUUGUUCAGUACAUCCUGUCCAUCAGUGAUGAGGAUGAGUUUGUGGAGUAUGUCGGUGAUCUUCUGCAGGGAACAGAAGGGAAGAAGAAGGAGUUUGUUGACGAGCUGCUGGAGAGAUGGCGACGCUGUCAGAAACAGCAGGACAGAGACACGGACCUGAUCCUCACCAGAACAGAGGGUCCAGACACAACAAAAGACACUCAGAAGAAAAAACGGAAAGGACGGAACAAACAAGAGGUGUUCUCGAUCAGUCCGGCUGAACCCGAGCCGGAGAUUGUAAAAACUCCCAUCGACCUGAUGAAGGCACAAGAGAACAGCAGCAGCUCUUCCUCCACUAAGAAGAAGAACAAAUUUGUGAAUUUAUACGCCAAAGAGGGUCAGGAUAGACUCGCUGUCCUGCUGCCUGGACGUCAUUCCUGCGACUGCUUAGCUCAGAAACACAAACUGAUUAACAACUGCCUGACCUGUGGCCGGAUCGUGUGUGAACAGGAGGGCUCUGGCCCGUGUUUCUUCUGCGGCAGUCUGGUGUGUACUUCAGAAGAGCAAGAGAUUUUGCAGCGGGACUCGAACAAAAGUCAGAAACUCCGUAAGAAACUCAUGGGAGAUCACAUCGUAUCUGAGGGAGAUCAAGACUUCCUUCCCCACCAGGAGGCCAGGAUGAAGGCAGGCUUGGAGAAAGCCAUUCAGCACAAAGAUAAACUGCUGGAGUUUGACAAGAACAGCGUUCGCCGAACUCAGGUGUUGGACGACGAGUCCGAUUAUUUCGCCGCCGACUCCAACCAGUGGCUGUCCCCGGUGGAGCGCGAGACACUACGCAAGCGGGCGGAGGAGCUCCGGGAGCUUCGGCACGCCUCCCACAAAGACCGUAAGAUCACGCUCGACUUCGCCGGUAGACGAGUUCUGGAGGAAGGAGAAAACCUGACGCAGUAUUACAACAAGUACGAUGAGACCGUCAAGGCCAUCAACACCGGGACCCUCAUCCAAACCCCGAAGAGCUCGGCUCCAGCUGGCCGUCAACACCUCAGGGAGCUCGUCAACCCAAAUAUUCAGCAGGCUGCACCUCAGUGGGUGGAUGUAGGCGGCGGCAGUGCCUCUCGCAGAGCUACAUCGGCAGACGUCGAGCAGAAAGCAGAGCGCUCUCGACUGAGGAUUCAGGACCGGGAGUUGCAGGAAAUGGCGGACGGAGGCUGGUGUCUCAGCAUGCACCAGCCCUGGGCCUCACUUCUUACCUGCGGCAUAAAGAGAGUGGAGGGCAGGACGUGGUACACCUCACACAGAGGCCGUCUGUGGAUCGCCGCUGCAGCCAAAAAGCCCACGCCUCAGGAGAUUGCACAGGUGGAGGCCAUGUAUCGGCAGAUCUGCAAACAAGAUCUGCACUUUCCUAAAGACUAUCCUACAGGCUGCCUGCUCGGCUGUGUCAACAUGACAGACUGCCUCUCCCAGGAGCAGUUCAGGGAGCAGUAUCCUCACAUCAGCGACGAGUCCGCCUCUCCAUUCGUCUUCAUUUGCACCAACCCCCAGGAGCUGCUGGUGAAAUUCCCCAUGAAAGGGAAACACAAGAUCUGGAAGCUGGAGAGUCAGAUUCACCAAAGUGCCAAGAGGGGGUUAAUGCAGCCAGCCUGACCUCCACAAAGCCACGCCGGGCCACGAGGACCCGAACUUCCAGCCAAUAGAAGAGUGGAGCUGGCCGUGUCACACUACAGUGCCAUUCAUCAUGGGACACUGUUUCCAACGGGACAAAGCGACACUCUGCGUUUUCUCUUGAAACUUUGGCUUGACUUAUUUAAAAAAAAAAAAAAAAAUGUCAAUUAAAAUGAGGUGAAAUCAUUGCUCAUUUUGUUCCAGUUCUUUACACCACAUAAUACAGAAAUUCCGGCGGGUGGGUGGAGCGAAUGCGAGCCGCUCGGCUGAGCACGGAAUGUCCUGCUUAGCAAAGAGCCGAUUGUGCUGCAGAGCCGUAUCGGAGCUGCCCUUCUCAUUCGGACCACAAUGGCUGUCACAGACAGAAACACUUAGGGUUUUUUUUUUCUUUUUCCCCCCUCUCCGCUCUCCUUAAAGUGAUUGAGGAGCCUCUUCGUGACACGAGCACCUCGGCACCAGAAAGAGCAAACAACUGUGCCAAACGACUCGCCUUAAUGGCAGCCUUCAAGAAGGGAACAAUGGCACAAAAGCACAAGCUGUGAGGGUUUUUGUUUUGUUUUGUUUUCCCCUUAAACCACAAUUAUCCAAAAAUUAAGGGUUGGCUUAUGUAUAUUAACUCCGAACAUAACUGUUUAGAGUUUGGCUUAUAAAUAAACUUCUUUAUCAAAAUAGAGAGAUAAAAACUA